UUGUUUAUGCUGUCGACAGUGGAUGACAGCGGCUGCAGACUGAGCUUCAGAGAUAUGCGCCGCCGGUGGGAAAAUAAGCUGCGUUUGUGAUAUUGUCUAGCCAACUAGGUAGUUAGUUAAUGCCUCGCAUUGUGUAUGAGCAAAGUCUUUGUCUUUAAGAAGGGAUACCGGAAAAGUUUCCUGGAUAUCUGUUCACAGUGGUCGCGGUCCGUUAGCUGUAGCUGAACCCGAGACGGGAUGUAAAUUAAUCCAGACGGGACCAGCCCCAGGAGCCGGUAGCAGCAGCCAGGCAGUCACACCCUUGUCUGGGGUUACUGAAGGGACCCUGUCUGCUGAACAGCGUUUAAUUUCUGUCCUUCAUAUGUUAUGGUGUUUUAGAUAAAUAUAUGUUCACCAGUAGUAUGAGUUAAGUGAGAAGUGUGGAGUGGAUAUGACUGACUCAUCACUAUGGCACGGACGGAGGAGAUAACCCUGAUCGGUCUCUCUGCUGCAGUGCCAACCAGAUAGCCUCACAACUAGCCCGACAGCUAAGUGAUUUACACCUGUAUAUUACAUACUUGCCCCCCUCGUAGUCAACGUGGCAUUAUGAAUUCCCCGAUGUACACCUUUGUCACCCGUGAUGACAACAGCACUGUUUAUGCAGAAGUUUCCAAAAUCCUCGUCUCCACUGGACAAUGGAAGAGGCUGAAAAGAGAUAAUCCCAGAUUCAACUUAAUGCUUGGUGAACGGAACAGACUGCCCUUUGGACGUCUAGGUCACGAGCCAGGCCUGGUACAGUUGGUGAAUUAUUACAGAGGAGCAGACAAGCUGUGCAGGAAGGCGUCUCUGGUCAAGCUAAUAAAGACAAGCCCAGAGCUGUCCGACUCCUGUAGCUGGUUCCCAGAGUCCUACAUCAUCUAUCCCACUAACCUCAACACCCCUGUUGCUCCAGCUACGAAUGGCAUUAGUCAUCUGAAGAGCAAUCCCAAGACGGAUGAGCGAGAAGUUUUCCUGGCCUCUUAUCACGCUAAAAAAGAAAGUGGAGAGGGCACAGUGUGGAUAGCCAAAUCCUCUGCUGGAGCAAAAGGUGCUGGUAUUAUGAUAUCCCAUGAUGCUAACCAGCUGCUGGAGUACAUCGAUAAUCAGGGACAGGUUCAUGUUAUCCAGAAGUACUUGGAGAAACCUCUGCUUCUGGAGCCGGGACAUCGGAAAUUUGACAUCAGGAGCUGGGUGCUAGUGGACCAUCAGUACAACAUCUAUUUAUACCGGGAGGGUGUGCUGCGGACUUCCUCGGAGCCCUACAACAGCUCUGACCUCCAGGACAUGACCAGCCACCUGACCAACCACUGUAUCCAGAAGGAGCACUCCCAGAACUACGGGAGAUACGAGGAAGGGAACGAGAUGUUCUUUGAUGAGUUCAGGCUGUACCUGCUGAACACUCACAACGUCACCCUGGAGACCACCAUCUUACCUCAGAUCAAGCAGAUCAUAAAGAGCUGUCUGACAUGCAUCGAGCCGACAAUCAGCACCAAGCACCUGUCCUACCAGAGCUUCCAGCUCUUUGGAUUUGACUUCAUGGUGGAUGAGAGCUUCAAAGUGUGGCUCAUUGAGAUCAAUGGAGCUCCAGCUUGUGCACAGAAACUAUACCCAGAGCUGUGUCAAGGUAUCGUGGAUGUGGCCAUUUCCAGUGUCUUCACCAUGAACAGCAGUGGCGACUCCUCAUCUGCCUCCUCUUCUCCUUACUCCUCCUCCCCAUCCUCCUCCUCGUUCACUACCAACUCCUGCUCCUCUCCCAAACUGAGAGCGCCUCUCCACGUGGGUCCUUUCACCCGACUGUAAGCACACAAAUAUUCCCCUCAUCUUCUCCGCACUAAAAGCUUCUUCAUGCUCUGUCCUCACUCCCAAACGCCACCUGAAGUGUAGCACAUGCCAGCAAGUCGAGCCUUUAAUUGUACCUUUCAUGUCACGCCCGGAAGGAGUCUUUCUUUCAAUGGAAAACACCGAACUACAGAAUUGAUCUCUGCUCUCCUGAUUAUGCAUAUUUUGAAUGUGAGGAUGGUUGUGAUAAAAGUGAUAAAAACUUCCUUGGAGUUGCUGAAUGACAACAGACGCCCCUCCAUCUCAGUCCCACCGCCGGUUUCUCCCCAAGCAGAUUAAUGGAGGUCUGAAGGAUGCAGAGACGCUCCACCUGAGACUGUAGUGCCUUACAUUUCCAGCCACGCUCCCUUAAAAAAGACUGCCAGUUAGCUUGCUCUGUUACUGUGACUUGUUCUUGUUCUAUAAGCCUUUGCACUGUUGCUCUCACAAAAAGUCAUGAUCAGUCCACGAGUAUUAGCAGAAAACAGAUCCCUUGAUAUCUGAGAUCGUAUUGAUUUUUUUUUGUAAUUUCUCAUCAGACAUGUUUCUCAUUUUUAAUCUUAUUUUAUUGCAGCUCAUCUGUAAGCAUUAUGUUUGAGGAAUGCUAACAGUGAUCAAGAGGCUGUAAAGAUGGAUAUGUUUAAACUUAAAAAACUAAAACACUAACCCAACAUGUCUGAUGAGCUAAACAUGUCAAAGUUUGCCUUGAAAAUCAACAUUCCUCCUUACUUGACCAUGUGGACACAACAUGUUAUUUACAUUCAGGGCAUCAGGGGGCAUGAGGAAGUCUGUCUCCACAGUUCUGCUGAAGUGUCCCGGUCCUCUGACCUAUAAGGCAGUGAGCAAAGACAAAAAGAGAACUUCCGUAAGUGGAGCUAUAAUAACAGUAUUAGCUGACAUUUUUUCUUGUUUUUUUUAAAUAGGCCAGCUGAAGAUGUUUUAUUUGUAAUUUUAAGAGAGCAUGUUGUGUGAAAGCAUGUAGUAGUGUGCAUCCUCAUACACCACACCUUCUGCCCCAGUUAGUAAAGAGCUGCCCUCAUGUCUGUUUUAUUUCCGAUGGAUGAAAAGCUAGUCUUUGUAAAAAUGUGUUUGAUCUGGUAAAUUGAGAGUAGAGUAGAUUGUACAAAGUGUGUUAUUGAUUAUUAAAAGCACCUAAAGACCCCAUGAAAUGAAACUGACUGGACAAGAUAAACAUUUGCUUGUAAGAUAAUAGAGCUGACGAAGACAAAAGAACAAUACAUACGUCAUUGCCAAAGAAAAGUAAGGGGACAGUAAAAGACUGCAGGGAAGUCACAGUAUACAGACACGGGUCUUCAUCUAGUCACUGCCUACUCCUCAUUUACUGCUGUCGUUAGCUCGUGUUGCUGUCUGACACGCGCCUGCAUUUCAUUAAUGACUGAUUCUUUUUGUUUCAUGGGGUCCUUAAAAUAUUUCAGUCCUUUUCUUUGAACUAAAUCUCUUUGUGAAUAGGUGAGACCGUAGCGGUGUAACUGUCCAAGAUGACUUGUGUCAAAUGUAUUUUAUGUUACUGUUUGGACUGUUUGUUCAAAAGGAAUAUUUAGUUUUUCUUUCGAGAUGAAACUUAAAGUUAGUGACAGCUGCACGUUGGGCGGUUGAUUCAACUGUUGUGUGUCCAGGAGCUCAUUUUAAACACAGCAUAAGUCAUUAAUAGUUUAAUUAAUAGUACCUAAUUUAAGUAGGUUUGUCUUUCAUAAUGUUAUUAUCCUUGCCGUUCCUCUCUUUUAACCUCAGUUUACAUGUGUGAGUAACAUAAGUUAAGGGACACCAUUAGAGCAUUUAUUUAUGUUUUUAAUCACUGUGUGUUUGUGUUUACAAGAUGACUCUUGGGAAUGAAGGCUAUGUAAGUGGUGGAAGGUGAGAAAGAUGAAUAGAGCAGAUUGUAUUGGAAAAUAAAUGAACAGGGCUGCUAAAAACAUAAAUCCCAGUUGGUGGCAACAUAUGAUGGAUCCAUAUCCACAAUGUAUAACAGAGCCCUGCUGUAGCUGAAACGAUGUUUGGAAGUUUGGAGGUAUUGAUGUUGGCAGAAAAUGGGUAUUUAUAUCAUGAUUGUGUUGGCAAAUGAGUUACAAGUGUUUGCUCAAAAGCAAACGACCAGUAUAUGUUUUUAUUAAAUUUGUAGGGAAAUGUCUUUCCAUCAAAGGGAAGGGUGCCUUAGAGGGAAUUGCAAAUUGAUAACAAGAAGCAAUGGACCUCCAGCAUUUAAAUGCACCUUCAUUUGUUUGUUUGUAUUGAAGUGAAUUUGCCUCAUUUAUUAUUAGACCUCUUUUAAAUUCAAUGAUGUCAUUUCCUCUUAUUCAGAAUUGCUUUGCACAUCUGACUCAGUUUUUUCAUGUUUUUCUCAUGUGUAUCAUAUAUUUCCUGGAUUUCCUCAUCUUUACCAAAGAUCACAUUCAUGCUGUAUUUCCAGUGUCAAAUAAUGUUUUGUAGUGGCUACAAUCUGGAUAUUAUCACAUCAACUGGCCAACAUGAUCCAAAAGCAAGUAUCAUACUCAGAGGGAUGUCUGUGCUGUGUUUUUGUUCAGUGGUGUUUUAUCCAAAACCAUGCAUGAACAUUUGUCUUUAUCAGAAACAAUAUUACUAGAAUAAAAGAUAUUGCUAUUAUCAAGCUUUGUUCAUGUGUACAUAUCUGCUUUACAUGGUCUUCACGUCUUCCACUAUGCUCACUUGAACACAUUUGAGACCAACUCUGCACUGCAGAAAUGAAGGUGAUAUCUUUAC